AUGUCGAGCAUCUUCAAGAAACUCGAGCACGGCCUCGCGGGCGUUUUCGGCUCCGACGAGGAGAAGCACUCCCACACCCACGAUGGAGCCGAGUGCCAUCAGGACUUGCACGCUGAGCACGCGGAGAAUCGCUACGCAUCUUUUGCGCCCCAGACCUCUGGCCAUGCCAAGUGGCACGUUGACGGCUGUGCCUACUUCUGGGCGCUCUCCGAGGCGAUCGAAGAGGCCCAGGAGUCCAUCUAUAUCCUGGAUUGGUGGCUGUCCCCAGAGCUGUUCCUGCGCCGGCCCCCAGCACAGAACAAUAAGUACCGCCUGGACAAUAUGCUCAAGGCCGCAGCGGAGCGAGGAGUCCAGGUCCACAUUAUUGUGUACAAGGAGGUCGCUCAAGCCCUGUCUUGCAACUCUGAACACACCAAGCACGCGCUGGAGGCCCUCCAUGAGAACAUCAAGGUCUUCAGGCAUCCCGAUCACAUGCCCACCAAGCAGGACAUCAGCGCUGAGAUCAACACUGCCUUCCACAACCUGACCUUGGGCGCUUUCAGCCUGUCCAAGAUGCCUGGAGACACCCUGAAGACUCUCUACGGUACUCAUGACGAUGUCGUGCUAUUCUGGGCUCACCACGAGAAGCUGUGCCUCAUUGACCACAAAAUUGCCUUCAUGGGCGGCCUCGACGCUUGCUUCGGCCGUUGGGAUACCAACACUCACCCCAUCGCCGAUGACCACCCCGGUAAUGUAGACGGUAUCAUUUUCCCGGGUCAGGACUAUAACAACGCUCGUGUCUACGACUUCGAGGGCGUCGAUAAGUGGGAGCAGAACAAGCUCGACCGCACGAAGUUCUCGAGGAUGGGCUGGUCCGACAUCAGCAUCUCACUUCACGGACCCAUCGUGAACAGCCUGGCCCUUCACUUUACGGACCGGUGGAACUACAUCUGGGGCCAAAAGUACAACGUCAAAGAUAACACCAAGUACCAGAGACUCGAGGACAGUGAUGUUUCCCAUGCCCCUCCCAGCAGGACCCUUCUCGAGGAAGGGCAGUACGAGGCCGGCCAGAUGUUUGGUGGCAUCCAGCGCCACUUCACCAGGGGUCUGAGCCGUGUCUGGGGCGAAGAGCCGCGGGAAGAGAGUCGCGAGGACAACGGUGUGCACAUCCAGCUGGUCCGAAGCUGUUGCCCGUGGUCUUCCGGACACCCCACUGAGCACUCUAUCGCGAACGCCUAUAUCGAUGCCAUCAACAAGGCUGAGCAUUUCAUCUACAUCGAGAACCAGUUCUUCAUCACUGCCACCGAUGACGAGCAGAAGCCGGUGUACAACAAGAUUGGCGCGGCCAUUGUGUCCCGUAUCCUGCGCGCACACCAGGCCGGUGAGAAAUUCCGUGUAAUCGUCGCCAUGCCGGCCGUCCCCGCCUUCGCUGGCGACCUUAAGUCGGACGGCGCCCUGGGCACCCGUGGCAUCAUGGAGUUCCAGUACAACUCCAUCAGCCGCGGUGGGCACUCCAUCAUCGAGAAGCUGACGCAGGCCGGCGUCGUGCACCCCGACCAGUACAUCGGCUUCUACAACCUGCGCAACUACGACCGCCUCAACACCUCGGCGACCAUGCAGCGCGCGCAGGACGAGUCGGGCGUGCGCUACGAUGACGCCCGCCGCGAAUUCGACGACCACGUCGAGGCGGGCUACGACGGCUACUCCCGCGACGAGCACGUCGAGGGGCGGCUGGGCAGCCAGUACCGGCGCUACCAGGAGGCGGCGCGGCGCCAGGACGACAACACGUGGGACACGAUCUCGGCGGCGUACAUGGACCAGGGCCCGGACCUGAACUCGCUGCCGUGGGAGGGCGACCCGGAGUCGGAGAUCGACGCGUUCGUGUCGGAGGAGCUGUACAUCCACUCCAAGGUGCUGAUCGCGGACGACCGGCUGGUCAUCUGCGGGUCGGCGAACCUGAACGACCGGUCUCAGCUGGGCACGCACGACUCGGAGAUCGCGGUGGUGAUCGAGGACCCGACGCCGGUUCGGUCGCGCAUGGCCGGCGAGGAGUUCACGGCGUCCAAGUUCGCGACCAGCCUGCGGCGCCAGCUGUUCCGCAAGCACCUGGGCCUGCUGCCCGACCAGCGGUGGGACCGGCCCGACGGCAACUUCCACCCGGUGACGGCCGGGCCCAACGAGUACGACUGGGGCUCCGAGGCCGACCGGCUGGUCGAGGAUCCCGUCAGCGACGACUUCGACCAGCUGUGGCGCAACACGGCACGCACCAACACCGAGGUCUUCAGCCGCGUGUUCCACAACGUGCCCAACGACGUCGUGCGCACGUGGGACGACUACGAUAACUUCUUCAGCAAGUACUUCAUCAUCCCCGGCUCGGACGAGGCCAAGAAGCUCCAAGAGAAGGAGGAGAAGGAGGAGAAGAAGAGGCUGAAGCGCGAGGCGGCCGAGCGCGGCGAGGGUGGCGAGGGGAGCGACAAGGAGGAUGAGGAGGAGGAGAAGAAGUCCGAGGACGAGGAGGAGAAGAAGGACGACGACGACGACAAGGACAAGGACGACAAGGACAAGCCGGCCAAGGUCCCCUACGGCCACGUCGUCAAGAGCGAGUUCCCCGGCGGCGUCCAGGAGGUCAAGGAGCAGCUCCAGCGCGUCAGGGGCACCCUGGUGGAGAUGCCGCUGAACUUCCUGGUCGAUGUUAAGGACAUCGCCAAGUCUGGCCUGUCCCUGAACGGCUUCACCGAGGAGAUUUACACGUAA